AUUUCUAUUACUACAGCGGCGUGGACACUGCUAUAGUUUAGUUAUCAAUAUGGAGAGUGGUAGAGUGGUAGAAAAGUUUGGUAGCUUCCACAUUCUUCACUUCUUUUUGACAUGUUUACCAGCACUUUUUAAUGCUAUGAGCAAUGUUAACUUUGUUUUGGUUACAAGUGAUGUUAAUUACCGCUGCCGUGUCCCAGAAUGUGAGAGCAAUAGCCAAGAAUACAUGCCCCCAUGGUGGCCCACGACAGUGGAUCGUUGUUACAGACCAGUCGUGAAUGGCACCAUUAAGACGUGUACCAAUACUUCUUUCAUUAAUAUCCUUGAAAAAUGUGAUGAAUGGAUCUACGAGACAAAUAAUUCCGUAAUAGCUGAGCUAGAUCUGGCGUGCCAACCAGUAAAGGCAAAUAUGAUAGGCACGAUGCAUAAUAUUGCGAUGGCCAUAUCAAUGCUGCUAGCUGGAAGAAUGGCUGAUUGGAUUGGCCGCAAGCCAACUUUGAUUUUCUGCUCUGUUAGUUCGUUUUUAGGGAUUUUCAAAACUUUAGCUACAUCGUACUAUGUUUAUGUAACUAUUGAAUUUUUUGAAGCACUUGGAGGGGGAGGUAUCAUAACAGUUGGGUUAGUUACUAUGAUCGAAACAGCCAAUAAAAAAUAUCGCCUUCUAGGUGGCGUUUUGUUCGGAUAUUUCAUAUAUACAGGCGAAGUUAUUUUCGCGUGUUUAGCUAUGGGUAUUCCGUAUUGGAAAAACCUAUUGUACGCCGUGUACGCGCCGGCCAUUUUGUUCCUAUUAUACAUUCCUAUAUCCAAAGAGACUUUACGAUGGCUUAUCAUACACGAGAAAGUUGAUGAAGCAAGGAGUCUGAUAAAAACUAUUGUUAAAAUGAAUAAAGUAGACAUAAAUCCGAAAGAUAUAGAUAAAAUGGAUUUAGAAACGAUGAAAAUAGCAUGUGAAGUGGAAACGAAUGAAAUAAAAGAAGGGUAUAGAGAAGCGUUUAAGUCUCCUGAGCUAGUGAAGAGAUAUUUGAUUGGGACUUUUUGUAGAUUUUCGGUUGUGUUCGUUUAUUAUGGGUUAACGGUUAACUCAGUUGGGUUACCGGGGGAUAAGAAUAUGAAUUUUCUAUUGACUUCAUUGAUAUCGUAUCCAGGGGAUUUACUGUGUUUGUUGUUAAUGAAUAGAUUUGGAAGGAAGGUCCCACUUAUUUGCGGAUAUGCGCUGUGUGGAGUUACGUGUAUCCUCGUUGCUUUUGUGCCUUCAGAAUUAAGUUGGCUCAAGAUAACUUUAUAUUUAAUUUCCAAAUUAGUUGUAGCGGCUUGUUACACUGGUGUUGUAACGUUUAUUAUAGAACUAUUCCCUACCAGUGUGAGGGGUUCCUUAUUUGGGUUGUGUAUUAUAUUUGCAUCUUUAGGAACUACUCUUGCCCCGCUUACACCUAGUUUAUCCACAAUCACGAUGUCCUUAUGUUUCGGAGGUUCCGCAAUAAUUUCAUCCAUACUUCUAUUUUUUGUUCCUGAAACAAAUAAUAAACAAUUAGUGGAUACAGUUGAUCAAUUGGAAGACAUGAUGAGAGCUAAAAAGGAAAGAAAAGUUAAAUAUAAGAAUGGACAUGCGAACUAUGGUUUCGAUCGAGACGAAGAAUCUCGCGCUUAUUAAAUUUAUUUUUUGUUUUAUUAAAGGUUGACGUAUUAACUAA